AUGGCACCCGAAAAAGAAACAAAAGAGUCAGAAGAUGUCAUGGAAUCGAUAGAUGAGUUGAAAGAGAGAUUAUCUUCCAUGAAACGAAUGAUGGAGGAGAGGAAAGCAGCUGGCGCUGGUACCAAGGAGCUGUUCCAAGGCCACGCGCCCAGCCUCGAAGGAACAAAUAUGAUCGAUGGUAGCUUCCUCAGCUUCGUCUUCGGGGGGUCAUUGGUUGUGAUCUUAAGCGUGUCAUUUUACGCCUUUUAUAACCUAUAUCACGCGGUUUUAAAGAAAUUCCCUUCGCCGCACACCGAGUUGUAA